CGCGGACCUCAACCCCAAAAUAAAAGAAAUAUUCACAAGAAUGUUCGACUACCGAUGAAACCAACACCAAAUUUAGAUGAACUUAUCCUCGAUGUUGAGUCUUCCCAGUGCUUUCCGGAAAAUUUGAUGGCAGUGGCAUCAACGUCUUGUCCCCAAAGACAAAAUGUUGAGCAUGUAUGCCACAGGGGAUGCAUCAUACGAUGA